UCGACCCAACGUAGAAAACCAAAUCCGACGAUCAAAAGCAAUCUAAUCUGUGCGACAACCUAUCCGCACAAAAACCUCCCUGCGACCAAGCCCCAGUCCUCACUAGCCAAAACCAAAACAAUCUCAACCAAAUCCCUCACCCUAACCCUAAUAAGAAACCAAAUCCCAAAGAACCCAAACCCCAACCCCGCACCACAACCAUGCCUUCCGCCGGAGAGGACGAUACCGCCGCAGGCGACGACGAAGUCACCGAUAGCGAGGAAAUGAUCGGCAUCAGCGACCACAUCCAUCGGCAAAUCGCCAAUACAAGCGGAGGAGAGGAAUCCCGGCGGAUGUUUCAGAAGCUGUGGACUCACGCAGACGAGAUGAAGGUUUUGCAGGGGUUCUUGGAGUUUACGUCGAAGAGGGGAACGACGCACGCUAACUACCAGCACGACACGGGGCCCUUCUUCAACGAGAUUCGGCCUCGGCUACAGUUCGAUUUCAAUAAGAACCAGAUCGCGGAGAAGCUACGCCGUCUCAAAAAGAAGUACCGCAACGCUGCCGCCAAGAUCGGAUCGGGCCGGGGGUUCGUUUUCAAGAGCCCUCACGAUCGAGCUACCUACGAGAUUUCACGUAAGAUCUGGAGCACUAAGAUCUGGAGCACCACCACGUUUUACCGCAAACCGAAGAACCGGUCAAACCAGGAAGAUCGGAGCGGCGGCGUUGGUGGAUCGGAGGUAACAAAUUUUCCGGCGGCUUUGGACUGUUUCGCGUCAGCUUCUCCGCCUUCGUUGGCUGAGGAGAUAGGACCUGUGCCGCCGCCUAGUAAAACUGAGGAUGUAGCGGCGGCGGCGGCGGGGCAAAGUGUGGAGGAGGAGGCAGUGAGGAUCUGCCUUGCGCCAGUGUUCAAGGAGCUGGUGCAGUUCGCCGUGGCUGGAGCUACUACGGCACCUCCGAUUGCGUUGGCGGUGGAGGGGGAUGAGAGGUGGCGGCAACAGCGGAUUAUGGAGCUUGAGCUUUAUUUGAAGAGGAUGGAGCUUGUGGAGGAAUGGGUGAGGUCUAGUUUGGAGAAGCUUAGGUCGUUGGGAAGCUGAACCAUUCGGAAGCUCGUCGUCCUCUUCGACGGUUGUAGGACGAAAUGGUUUGGAGGGUGGAUUUUUCUUCAAGUUAAAAAAAGGUGAGGUCUUUUGUAGUCUCGUCUUAAUUUACUCGAUCUUUUUGUCUUUUAAAUGCGCGAAGAUGCGAAAUAUUUCUUUAAACUGGGAAUUUGUGGAAGAAACGGGAGGGAUAUGUAAAUAGGUAAAUAUUUUAUAAAAUAAAAAAAACGUUUCCUCCUGUUAUGAUGCCUGUAAAGUUCUUAUUUUUUGUUCAACAUUUUGUCCCUUUGAUU